UGAGAUGUAAUUUUAAAGACAAAUGUGUGAGAGUUUUGAUCACCUCAUUUAAAAAAUAGAAAUUGCACUCCAGCAGGAAUGCAUCCUUUUUUGGAAUGACAGAUACGUUUGAAACAGCCUUAAAGCUUUAUUAUCCCUCCUUGUUAACUAUGAAAAUGUGGCUACUCAUGAAAUCAACUAUGAUGCAGAUGGAAAGAGAGGUGGAAGAGUUAAAAGCUGAAAAGGUGAUUAAAAGAAGAGAAAGAAAGAAAAAAAGAUGACAGAGGAAAAAAAAGGAAGUGGGUGCGGAAAAGUCCCAACCAUUUACCUUAACCAUACACAGCGCUUCCUUCAGUCCUCCCUCCCUCUCCCGCUCAGCUCUUCCCCCUCCCCUCCCAUGGAUGGUGUAGCUCUCUCGCAGUCUGGUGGAGCUGCUCACAAGGAUAAGAGGGUUGCUGUGAGUGUCUGCUGCAGGAGAAACAGCCAGCUGGACAGGCAGAGAUUCAAGAACAUUUUCUUUGAGAGAAGCUUUGCUGCUGUGGAUAGUGGUUCUGAUUUACCUCAACGCCACUCCUGCAUCACCCCCAACGCUCAACAGCUGCCUCCACCUGAGGAAGAAGACAGUCAAGCCGGGGGACUCUAUAUCCUGGACUUCCAACACGGGGAGCCAUGUGAGCAGCACCCCAACUUCACUCUGAACUCCCCUUGACAGUCUUCCCUCUGAGCUGGGGAGUGAAACUAGGAUUUUGUUUCUCCCCUCCUCUCCCUGGAAACGGGACUUUCAGGGACUGUGUGGAGGAUCUCUCCAGGCUUGGGGCACCACAUUGGAGGACACUCAUCUCAGGGUCGGGCUGUGAGUGCCCCCUGGUCUGGAGGCCAGCCAGCAGCACUCCAGCACCAUGGAUUACCUGUUUGGGAUUGUAGUGCUGCUUUGUGGGGCAGCCCAGCCAGGAAGGGGAGCCGAGCCCAAGCACAAUGUACCCAGACUAAAGCUGUCAUUCAAGGAGAUGCUAGAUUCUAGUAACCUCGUCACUUUCAACGGCUUAGCCAACAGUUCGAGCUACGACACCUUUCUGUUGGACGAAGAGCGAGGGAGACUACUGGUCGGAGCAGAGGACCAUAUCUUCUCAUUUGACCUUGUCAAUAUCAACAGAGACCAUAAACAGAUUGCGUGGCCUGCCACCCCUUCAAAAAGGGAUGAAUGCAAGUGGGCAGGGAAAGACCUAGGGAAAGAGUGCUCUAACUUUGUUCGGGUUCUUCAACCAUACAACCAAACCCACAUGUACAUCUGUGGAACAGGAGCCUUCCAUCCGAUCUGCGCUUUUCUGGAAAUGGGCAAGAAGUCAGAGGACAACAUCUUUCGCCUGGCCUCACAAUUCGAGAAUGGCCGCGGGAAAAGCCCCUACGACCCCAAAAUGCUGUCAGCCUCAAUUUUGAUUGAUGGAGAGCUGUACUCUGGCACAUCUGCUGAUUUCAUGGGGAGAGACUUUGCCAUUUUCCGUACGCUGGGGGACCAUCAUCCAAUCAGAACGGAGCAGCAUGAUUCAAGAUGGCUAAAUGACCCCAGGUUCAUAGGCGUCCACUUGAUCCCGGAGAGUGACAACCCUGAGGACGACAAGAUAUUCUUGUUUUUCAAAGAGAACGCCAUGGAUGGAGAGCACACCGGGAAGGCUACCAUUGCCAGGAUAGCACAACUGUGUAAGAAUGACAUGGGUGGUCACAGGAGCCUUGUAAACAAGUGGACCACUUUUCUCAAAGCGCGGCUUGUGUGUUCUGUUCCCGGGGUCAACGGCAUUGACACACACUUUGAUGAGCUGCAGGACGUGUUUCUCAUGAGCUCCAAGGACCCGAAGAAUCCAGUGAUCUACGCUGUGUUCACCACAUCCAGUAACAUAUUCAAAGGCUCAGCAGUCUGUAUGUACAACAUGGCCGACAUCAGAAGGGUAUUUCUGGGACCCUACGCCCACAGAGAUGGACCCAACUACCAGUGGGUGCCCUUCCAGGGAAGAGUCCCCUACCCUCGUCCAGGCACUUGCCCCAGCAAGACAUUUGGAGGCUUUGACUCCACCAAAGACCUUCCUGACGACGUUAUCACCUUUGCGAGGGGCCACCCUGCCAUGUACAACCCAGUACACCCAAUAGGGGGCCAACCCAUCAUGGUGCGGACAGAUGUGGACUACCAGUUCACUCAGCUGGUCGUGGACAGAGUGGAGGCGGAGGACGGGCAGUAUGAUGUCAUGUUCAUAGGCACAGACAUGGGAACGGUCCUGAAGGUGGUGACAAUCCCCAGAGAGAGCUGGCAUGACCUAGAGGAAGUGGUGCUGGAGGAAAUGACCGUCUUUAGGGAGCCUACACCCAUAACUGCCAUGGAACUGUCCACAAAACAGCAACAGCUGUACCUUGGCUCAGCCCUGGGUGUAUCGCAGAUGUCUUUACACCGUUGUGAGGUGUACGGGAAGGCCUGCGCCGAGUGCUGCCUGGCCAGAGAUCCUUACUGCGCUUGGGACGGGGCCGAGUGCUCGAGAUACUUUCCAACAGCCAAGAGGAGAACCCGGAGACAGGACAUCCGAAAUGGAGACCCUCUGUCUCAGUGCUCAGACCUCCAGCAUCACGACGACGUGGACGGCUUGGGAGGCAGCGUGGAGGACAGAAGUGUGUUCGGUGUGGAGAACAGCAGUAUGUUCCUGGAGUGCAGCCCUAAGUCUCAGAGAGCGCUCAUCUACUGGCAGCUGCAGAGGCCCAACGAUGACCGCAAAGAAGAGAUCAAGCUGGACGAGCGAGUUCUGCGCACAGACCAGGGCCUGCUGAUCCGCAGCCUGACCCAGUCCGAUGCGGGUGUGUACCACUGCCAUGCCAUUGAACACGGCUUCAUUCAGCCCCUGCUGCGCCUCAGCCUUCAGAUCAUUCCCACUCAGAAGCUGGCUGACAUCUUACCUGGACUUCCCGGGGCAGCAGGAGGAGGCUCGGGUCACUCACCCAAGCACAGGGUGUGGUACCGGGACUUCCUGUCUCUCCUCGACCAUCCGGAGUUGAACAGCGUGGAGGAGUUUUGCGACAGAGUUUGGAAAAAGGAGCGAAAACAAAAGAGGGUGAAGACUUCCAACGGCAACAACCAGAGCAAACCCGACAGCGCCAGCCGGCCGAGAGCGUUGGCCCCUACUGCUCAGAAGCAGCAAAGCGGUCCGCCUCCUGGCAAGCAGUGGCCUCAGGCUGGAGCUCAAACAGCUGGAGGCUCGACACGCAUCCAGAACACUCAAAAAGGUCAAGAAAACCCAGGUAUGUUGAACACCCAAGCCUUGAAGAACAAUCAGAAAACGCAAAACCUUCCAAAGGGUCAGGGCACCGUGGCGGGCUCUCAGGCUGCAGGAGGAUCGCGGGUGAACAGCCAGCACACAGCCAAGUGGAGACGGAUGCAGGACAAUAAGAAGGGACGCAACAGGAGGACCCAUGAGCUCCAAAGGCCCCCGCGAAGCGUUUGAGGAAAAAGCACGCAGAUAGAUGGACAUCUGCAGUCAGAAACACAUGCAAGCACAAUGCCAUGCAUCCACACAAGCACAUCAACAAGUCUGGUAGGCUGUAAUUCCAGUGACCUCUCCAUAACAACCAAAACAAAGCAUCCAGCAACGGUCUAGUGCAGAAAACAUAUGAGACAAAAAAAUAAAAACAUUGAAACCCAAAUGCACAUCAUGGACAAAAAGACUGAAACAUUGGAGUGGAUUCUGUAAAUGUGUGAGUACAUCGCUGGUUGCCUGGGAUGCUGCCUGGAAGACACUUCCUGUACAUAAGCUACCAAAACAAAAAAGACUUGGCAGAGGGGCGGAAGUGUUUGUUUCUCAGCAAAAAGGACUUAUAAUGCUGAAAGGACAUGUUGCAGAUCUUUCCUCCUUGACCUGAGCAUGUGAACGUCUGCACAAGGAAAAAGAAGAAAAAAAAACUCUGAUUUUCAAGAACAUAAAGCGAUUUCAUCUGUAAAGAUGCAAAAGUGGUGCCCUGAAGGGACGGAACAGAAGGGACACAGUCACCCCAACAUGUGCACAACUCGCUUCAGUGGCCACCAUGCUGUUUUCAAACAAACAUGAGCAUUACAACAUAAAAAAAAAAAAAAAAAAAGUGCUCCAUCUCAACCCUCUCCACCGAAACUGGGAAAGCAUUGUGCAUGUCAAUCAAUGUUUCAAUAAGCUACUUAUGGAGAUUCUUUUAAACACUCUAUCCUUUGUUUUUUUUUUUCUUCAUUUUAUAAAAAGUAUAUUUACUUUUCUCUAUAAAACAAGUCCUUUAUUUUGGGUGCAAAAACUGCAGGCUUCAUAGUUGCCUUCUUUGUGCACAAUUCCCUCUCCUGUUGAGGUCUCUGUGUAACUUAUUGUGUGCUUUUUAUUUCUAGGAUUUGCCUCAGAUCCUGGUGUUAGCCUAUGCUAAACAGUCUCACUUAGGACUGUCAGUUGUGUACAUAUAUACAUCAACCCUAACUCUCUGUGUAUAUAGAGUACAUAAACAGUACAAGAACACCACUUGAUUAUUAUUUAUUGCAUCGUUUUGUGAAAGGGUUGCAUUUAUUUUUGAUAUUUUGCUUUUUUUUGGCUCAUCAGAAGCAUUGGAGCUGCAAAAACACAUUGAUGGAUCAACUGCCUUCAACUUUUGAGGCCACAUCCACUUCAUUUUUGACAAUAAGCACAAUUUUUUUUGUCUUUUUUUUUGCCUUCUGCAAAUUUAACACAUCUUCUUCUCAUGACCCACCCAAAUAGUUUUUAUCCAGUAGCAAUUAUGUAAAUCAGACUUUCCCCCGCACUCUUAAUCGGAAAAACAUUAGUUGUGAACCUGUAGGAAAAUAGUGGAGAAAAAUGUUCCAUCUGAGAGGACACCUUAUACUGCAUGUGAAUGCUUUUCUAUUGUCUUUUUACGUGUUUUGUGUGAGAGGUGAAAUCCCCUUAAUUAAACAAACGUUUUUAAAAAAAAAAAAAAAAACGAAAAAACUUUUUCUUUUCUUCCCUCUUUUUUGUCAAAAGCAGUCGUGUAACCAACAUGUUACUCUGGCCAAAGCUGUUUUGAGAUCCAUGCUGUCUGAUUCAAGCCCUUUUAUGUGUCCCUGCUCCUCAGUACAUGACUGGUAAUCCCUAAAAUGCAAUACAUUAGAGCAGAAAGUGUUCGAUACCAUGAGGUUUGUCUUUCCUUCAAAGUGAGAAAUAUGAGAGCUGAGAGUUACGGAUGCUGUAACACAGUUCUUUCUGGCAUGCAUUCAGUUGUCUAAAUAAACAUCUCUGUUACAAAAAAAGCAA